UACUAAGCAGGGGCGUAGUUAGAAGUCCGAAUACAGGUUCGGCCAAUCAGUAACUUUUGCUCAAACAUUAUAUUUGUGUUAGAAAAUUCAUUAAAGAUGUAUAAAUAUUGAGUUUAGAACUUAGUUAUCAGCACUUAAAUUCGUAAUUCUAAUUCUGGCUCCACCUGCUAUAAAGUACUACUGUCUAACAAAAAUUGCAAACCACAUUACUAGUCGUUUGAACUGGUUAUACAAAUUAAACAGUUCAGAGCUACAAGUGCCACCCUUUCCACUGGAUGAAUGAAUGAAUGAAGAACACUAAUUUGGCUCCACUCUCUACAGUCUCCUAUUUGUGUCGACGCCAAUAUUCCACAAAUCCUAACCUGGCCAAGUUCUUCAACAGAUACUUAGACAAAUCUGAUGUGUUCUCGUGGAACUCUAUCAUUGCCGACUUGGCUCGGAGCGGUGACUCCGUCGAAGCCCUUCGAGCUUUCUCUUCCAUGCGAAAGCUCUCUCUCAAGCCAAACCGUUCCACCUUCCCAUGUGCCAUCAAAUCCUGUUCCUCCCUUUCCGAUCUCACUUCCGGCAAGCAGACCCACCAACAAGCUCUCAUCUUUGGUUAUGAAACCGACCUUUUUGUAUCCUCCGCCCUCAUUGAUAUGUACUCCAAGUGUGAUCAACUUGCUGAUGCACGAAAGCUGUUUGAUCAAAUUCCUCAAAAGAAUGUUGUUUCUUGGACCUCCAUGAUAACUGGCUACGUCCAAAAUGACCAACCCCAUGAGGCGCUCUCGCUUUUUAAAGAGCUCUUGGCAGGCCAAGCAGAGGAACUAGUUUCUCUUGACUCGGUUUCCAUGGUUUCCGUGCUAUCCGCUUGUUCUCGUAUUUCAAGGAAGACCCUUACCCAAGGGCUCCAUGGUUUUGUCACGAAAAGGGGAUUCGAUGAGGACCUGGGAGUUGGGAAUACGUUAAUUGAUGCCUAUGCUAAGUGUGGUGAGGUUGAUUUGUCCAGGAAGAUGUUUGAUGUGAUGCCUGAGAAGGACAUCAUUUCAUGGAAUUCUAUGAUCGCAGUUUAUGCCCAGCACGGACUUUCAUCUCAGGCACUGGAAAUUUUUCGUUCCCUGGCGUGGGAUAGAGAGGUUGACUACAAUGCUGUCACCUUAUCAGCCGUGCUGUUGGCUUGUGCACAUUCAGGAGCUCUUCAGGCUGGCAAGUGCAUACAUGAUCAGGUUAUAAAAAUGAACCUAGAGGAUAAUGUAUUUGUGGCUACGUCCAUGAUUGACAUGUACUGCAAAUGUGGAAGAUUAAGGAUGGCGAGGAAUGCAUUCAAUCGGAUGAAGGAAAAGAAUGUGAAAUCAUGGUCUGCCUUGAUUGCAGGUUAUGGUAUGCACGGUAGAGCCAGGGAAGCCCUUCAAGUAUUUUACGAGAUGAACUUAGCUGGGGUAAAACCAAAUUAUAUUACCUUUGUCUCUGUCCUAGCAGCUUGUAGCCAUGCUGGGUUGCUGGAUGAAGGGUGGUAUUGGUUUAAGGCGAUGGAGCCUAGAUAUUGCAUACAACCAGGAGUGGAGCAUUAUGCUUGCAUGGUUGAUCUUCUUGGACGUGCUGGUUUCCUUGCCAAGGCAUAUAAUUUGAUAGAAGAAAUGAAGGUGACACCUGACUUUGUUGUUUGGGGUUCUCUUCUAGCUGCAUGCAGGAUGCACAAGAAUGUUGAGCUUGGGGAGAUUGCUGCUAGGAACUUGUUUGAAUUAGACUCAACAAACUGUGGGUAUUAUGUUUUGCUCUCAAACAUAUAUGCUGAUGCUGGGAGGUGGGAAGAUGUAGAUAAGAUGAGGAUACUUAUGAAAAAUCGUGGAUUAAGUAAACCUCCUGGGUUCAGCCUGCUUGAACUCAAAGGCAGAGUGCACAUAUUUCUUGUUGGUGAUAGAGAACACCCACAACAUGAGAAGAUUUAUGCAUAUUUGGAGGAAUUAUCUGUAAAGCUGCAGAUAGCUGGCUAUGUACCCAACAUGACAUCUGAUCUUCAUGAUGUUGAGGAGGAAGAGAAAGGACUGACAUUACGAGUUCAUAGUGAGAAGCUCGCUGUUGCUUUUGGGGUUAUGAAUUCCGUCCCUGGUAGUACAAUUCAGGUGAUUAAGAAUCUUAGGAUAUGUGGAGACUGUCAUACAACAAUUAAGCUAAUUGCCAAGAUUGUUAAUAGGGAAAUUGUAGUCAGAGAUGCAAAGAGAUUUCACCAUUUUAAGGACGGCUUGUGCUCCUGUGGGGACUAUUGGUGAUUCAAGCAUGGAACAAAAUUUCAUGUCUGCCGAGACUUCCGGGAGUUGUCAUAUGAUCUGCAGUGGUGCUUAAAGUGAUAGAGAUUCGCAGCAGAAUUGAUCUUCUUCAAUGGUGCGUCAAUCUCACACUAGGUAGUCGGCUAUAUGAAUCCUCCAUAUCCAUCUUGCUCUAUUCUUCAUUAUUCAACAGAAUUCGUCAUAGCUCGGCUAUUUUUAUGCUGGUCUUAUGCAGGAUACUAAUAUCCGAUUGAUAUUCCCCUGUUGUGUGGUAUGUACAAGACCAAAAGAGAGAAAGCGGAUCAAUAAACAGAAGUUGGACAGAAAGUAAAGGCAAUUUUUUUUUCCUGUGAAUUCAUCGCCUGCUCGAUUCUUCACUAUUCAACCUCUUGUAUCCACUAUGGAGAAAGCUGAACCUUGUUUGUUUGAAACGAACAUGUCAUUUGGGUUGUCCAGAGUUUUGUGGCUAUUUUUGUUUACAUCAAUUUUGGAAUUCUGCCAGCAUUAGCAUUUAGCAAAACUGUUUUUCACCUUGAAAAUACUUUUUACAAUGUUACACCGGUGGAUAUUAAGGUAUGUAAGAAAACAGUAAAUAUUGAAGGUGGAUAUGAUUUUGGUGGU